AAUCUAAAGAAUUCAUCCAGUGUCUCAACGAUAAAUGUCUUCUCUCUGUAAGUCAAUAUUACUCUAGACAGGCUUUUCUUGUUUCUUUCACUGUAGGAUUCCACAUUCUGCCUCCCGGGUUUCCCUGGCAACUGCAAUUGGAAAACCCUUUGGAAAAGCAAUUCCAAGUUCUGUAACAGAACUCCCGAGGUGAGGCCUCCCUGAGCCUCCGGGGUUUCGAUUCUGGGGUGCGUGUCUUGCACUUCCUGCCUCGGACACAUCGCAGCUCCGGGGGAACCGGGACUAAUCAGUCGCCAGCCCUGCCUGCACGGUGAUCCCAGAGGCGCCCGCGCCUCCGCUGUACGGCGGGGUCCAUGCCAAGAUGGCCGCGCCCACAAGCAAUCUCCGCAGGGCUCCGCCAUCGAAGCCCCGGGACCCUCUGAAGCGGUGUCCGGGGUGGCCGCCAUAUCGGCCUCUGGCUCCAUCAAGGACCUGACAAAGCCAGAGGCGGUGGGCCGGAGGAGUGCGGACAAAGAAUUUAUAAAGGAGGAGUCCGAAGGAGAUGGCUACACCAGAGUCUGCGGACAGCGAUGCGGAAUGGGAGCAGCUGGAACCUGGACAGAGAAACUUGUACAAAGGCACGAAGCUGGAGAACUGCAGCCACCCAGCCUCGAUGGGAAAUCAAGAUCCCAAACAAGGCAUAGUCUCCAGGUUGGAAGGAGAAGAAAAACCAUCAUCGGGAAAGGUGAAAAAAACCAGCCCGAGUAGUCUGAACAAAAUAGCAAGGCCCAAGAAAACAGGAGGCAGUGCAAAAGUCCAACAAGAUGACGAGCAGAGGGAGGAAAAGCAGAAAUCCCAAAGCAAACUCACUAAGGAAGCAACAUUCAGGAAGAAAAGUUCAAACAGUAAGAAAAGCAGUGAGUGUGCUUUGCUGGAGAAAAAAAGUAUCCAUUCAAAACACAUUCCUUCUGAAAAAAGAUUGGUUAAAUCCGGUUCGCAUGGGAAGAACUUGAAUCAGAAUUUAGACUUACCUGAUCAGAUUAAAAACUCAAUGAAAAAGAAACCUGAUACAGCUAACGAACACAGGAAAUCACUCAGCCAUUCUGCAUCUGACGUGAACAAAGAUGAAAUUUCAACUAGAAAGAAAUGUGACAAAUUACCCAACAAUAAGUUGUCUGGUAAAGGUGACAAAAACCAAACCGGCAAGAACUGUGAGAAAGUAUGCCGUCAUAGUGCGUCCCAUACCAAGGAAGACAAAAUUCAGACUGGGGAGAAAUGGAAAUCACCCCGCCGUAGUCCAUGUAAACCUGACAAAGUCCCAGGCUCUGGGAAACCUUAUGAAUGUAAUCAUUGUGGGAAGGUCCUCAGCCAUAAACAGGGACUCCUUGACCAUCAAAGAACUCACACCGGGGAGAAACCAUAUGAGUGUAACGAGUGUGGGAUAGCUUUCAGCCAAAAGUCCCAUCUUGUUGUACAUCAGAGAACUCACACUGGGGAGAAACCAUACGAGUGUGAGCAGUGUGGCAAAGCGCAUGGUCAUAAACACGCCCUCACUGACCACCUAAGAAUCCACACUGGAGAAAAGCCCUACAAAUGUAAUGAAUGUGGCAAAACCUUUAGACACAGCUCAAACCUUAUGCAACACAUAAGAUCUCACACGGGCGAGAAGCCGUAUGAGUGUAAGGAAUGUGGUAAAUCCUUUAGAUAUAACUCAUCUCUUACUGAACAUGUGAGAACGCACACAGGUGAAAUACCAUAUGAAUGUAAUGAAUGUGGCAAAGCUUUUAAGUAUGGCUCAUCCCUGACUAAACACAUGCGAAUUCAUACAGGGGAGAAACCAUUUGAAUGUAAUGAAUGUGGGAAAACUUUUAGCAAAAAGUCACACCUAGUUAUACAUCAAAGAACUCACACAAAGGAGAAACCUUAUAAGUGCGAUGAGUGCGGGAAAGCCUUUGGACAUAGCUCAUCUCUUACCUACCAUAUGAGAACUCACACAGGUGAUUGCCCCUUUGAAUGUAAUCAAUGUGGUAAGGCCUUUAAGCAAAUUGAAGGCCUUACCCAACACCAGAGAGUUCAUACUGGGGAGAAACCCUAUGAGUGUGUUGAAUGUGGGAAAGCCUUUAGUCAGAAGGCACACCUCAUUGUACAUCAGAGAACUCAUACAGGGGAGAAACCCUUUGAAUGUUAUGAGUGUGGAAAAGCCUUCAAUGCAAAAUCACAACUUGUUAUCCAUCAGAGAUCCCACACUGGAGAGAAACCCUAUGAAUGUAUUGAAUGCGGUAAAGCCUUCAAACAAAAUGCUUCUCUUACCAAACAUAUGAAAAUUCACUCAGAAGAGCAAUCUCAGGAGGAAAAUUAAUGUAGGAAAUCUGAGAACUGACUGGCUCAGUAUUGUUUAACCUUAAAGAUGUUCUCAAUGUGAUGAUAUUAGAAAAUCUUUUUUAAAGAAAUCAUUCUUUGUGAUACAUGAGAGAAUUUGAAUAUGGAUCUUUACAUAAGAUGGUAAUAAAAUUUAAACUUGAUCCUAAACCUUUACAGAAAAUACUGUAAUUUUACACUUGUUAUAAAUUGUCUCCAUAUUUAGAUUAAAAUGUGGAUCUUUUAAAAUAGUCAAUAAGGAGAUGAGGAGAUGUAGUCAGUAAAAUGCUUGUUAAACAAGUAUAGAGAUCUGAACUCCAUCCCUGGGAUCUGUGUAAAAAACUAGAUGUGGUGGCAUGUUUUUGCAAUCUCACAAUUGGGAAAAUUGAGACAGGAGAGUCCCUGAGACCACCUGGCCAACCAGACUUGCUGAAUGUCACCAGAAAAAAAAAAAAAAAACAAACAACUGUUUUAAAAAUAGGGUACAGAGCUCCUGAGAAACAGUACCCAAGGUUGACACAUGUACAUACACACACAUUUGUGAAAAUGUUAACUAAUUAGAACAACGAACAGUAAUAUAUGACAAUAUAAGAACCUUUUAGAUGUAUGCCUAAGCACCACAAUUAUUUAAUUUUCAUUUUGCUUAUUGCAUACUUACUGCCUUGUGUAAAAUACAGGUGAGUGUGAGGUAUACUCUGGUAUUGUCUAGCUUUCUUUGUUAAUGUCUCUGUUAGCUUCUGAAUUAGUAGAAAACUUUGGGGAGUUGUUUUGUUUUCUUUGAGACAGCAUCUCACCAUGUAGUACUACUACUGGCUAGCCUGUAACUUGUUAUGUAGACCAGGCUAGCCUGUAACUUGUUAUGUAUACCAGGCUAGCCUGUAACUUGUUAUGUAUACCAGGCUAGCCUGAAACUUGUUAUGUAUACCAGGCUAGCCUGAAACUUGUUAUGUAUACCAGGCUAGCCUGUAACUUGUUAUGUAUACCAGGCUAGCCUGAAACUUGUUAUGUAUACCAGGCUAGCCUGAAACUUGUUAUGUAUACCAGGCUAGCCUGAAACUUGUUAUGUAUACCAGGCUGGCCUUGAACUUGUUAUGUAUACCAGGCUGGCCUUGAACUUGUUAUGUAUACCAGGCUGGCCUUGAACUCACAGAGAUGUGCCUGUCUCUGCCUCCCAAGUGCUAGAAUUAAAGGCUUCAAAAGAAAACUUUAAGAGGUUUUGUCUAGAUAUUGUUUAUAAAAGGUUAAUAAAAAAGUGGAAAACAGUUGAAAAUGUGUUGGUAGUGAAUGAUAUUUGUUAUAUUGUUAAGUACAGAAAAUAUAUUGUUGAACAGUGUAUAUAGUAUGUUCUCAUUGUAGACAAAGAGUGUGUAUGUGUGUCUGUCUUUUUAUGCCUCUGUGUACAUAUAUAUGUAUUUAUACACAAAAAUUUGUAUAUGAAUAGACUUUUUAAAAUCUAGAUGAAAAUUACUAGUGGCCACCACUGAACACAGGAGUGCAGCAUUGACAUUGACAUUUUUAUCAUGUAGAUAUGUGUCUUAUUCAAAUAUGUAUUAUAGUAAAAUACUUUUAUAUGCACUAGUUAACACAGUUUAAAAAUACAACUGAGUCUAUUCCACAGUGCAUUUGACAAAGUGACAUAAGAUUUCUAUGCUCAUUUAUGAAUGAAUUUGAAGUAUAUGGCAUUAAACCUUGAUAGUGAAUUCACAAAGAGUUUCCUAUAGAACACAGAUUUUGUUAACAUGACUCAUAACUGUAGCUACUUUAUUUCUCUUGUUUGCUAUUAAAAACUAAAAAUGAAUUGUGAUUGCA